AUGUCGCGACUCGCGGCAUCGCGAAUCAUGCACGUCGGUCGCGGCCUCAAUCAGCCGACGGCCUUUGGAAAGCGGAUGGAAAGACUUUCAAAUCGCGUCUGGGGUGAAGUCGUCUUUCCUACAGAUUCCAAGAGCAUGAAGGCCAGUUUUAAAAGUUUUUUUUUCAUGUCUUAGUCAAAUAAAUCACUCCUUUUAGGCCAGAGAAAUAGCCCACUAGAAAAAAAAGUACGUUUUGUCUGUAUUAUCACCACAACAGGCGAGUUUUUAGUUUUAAAUAUUUUUGUUCGUGUGAAAAAAUGAAUAAAUUCCAAUUGUUUGAGUGGUUUUGGCACGCUCCGAUCGAGACUGCAAUGUAGGCGGAAAAAAAAUAAAAUUGAUUGGUUUCUAGUUAUGAAAAAUCCGUUUUAAUUUUCACAUUAGGUAGCAUGAAUUUUGGAUCUACCAAGAAAAUGUUUUCUGAAUUGACGAUUACGAGACUUUUUUGAACUUCCUGAUUUAGAUUCCAGAAAAAGUUUUAAUUUUCCAGGUCGUCAAAGUCAUGUCAGCCCAACCAUAUGAAACCAACGAACAGCUUUCCCCGAAAUACUAUCCCAAUCUGCCUAUGUUCCACUACCUCACAAAAAUGCUUCGGUUUCACGGCCUCUUUUUCGACGAUCACGUUGUCUUUCGACAGGUUUUAAUUUCAUUUUUAUGAAUUUUCGCGUUUAAAAGCAAGACGUUUAAAUGCAGAACUCAUUUGGCUAAAUGAAUCUUUAAGGUACAAGACGAGCUCAAGAUUUUACGAGGGAAAGUCGUUCGCCCUCCCAUCGGACAAGGAAAGCGAGCACAGUUGCGCGGCAAAAAAUAA